AUGAUGGGCAUAUACCAGACCGACCGGAACAAGAUAUUUAUAGGUUCGCUGAUGACGACACCGUCGGGACAGAGGCCCACUUUCGUAGACAUGCCUUUACAGUGGAUUCCUGAUUCACAGUUUCCGACAUCCCUCACUUCGUCUUGCCCUCUAACCUCUGGUGCAGGCCCCGGCCAGGGGCGGGUCACGAACUUAGGAACCUAUGGUCCCCUGUCGAAAGCGGGAGGGGCUGGGACGCGACCAACCGUGGGGAGGAGGGAUUUGUCGUAA